UAGCUGAGUACUUCUAGCAUAAAACUACUUCAACCAAUUCAAGCAUUUAGUCGCAAGUCUUAUUUGAAUUGACUGAAUUACGUUGGUCAAAUCAGCCAAUCAACCAACGUGAUUCACCGACAGCGAAUAUAUCGGAACGCAGCUAGUACAAUACUGUGACUGAUCGCGAUGCGUUCGUGAACGCGCGAUUAAAACGCGACUCAAUGAAUACGGCUUGGCUGUCAAAUUGUACGAAUAUUCGGCCGACUCUUCUUUCGAAUGCGCUUGGCAGCGUCUUGAGGAUACGUGCGAUGCCGUGUCCAACGACAACUUCGAUAUUACAACGUGCAAACUGUAUCGAACUUUUUUUACGAAGCCCACUGAGCGAAAUAUGAAUUCAGAAUCUCAACAGACACUGUUGUUUAUUACUGCAAUGAAAGAUGCCAAUUCUUAAGGAGUUGUGUUUCUGAAGUGGUUCUGGUUCAAGAGGCCUGAGCUAAAGCACAAUGAGAACCAUUGUAUCAGUUACUCUGAUCAUACUGCUAUAUGGCGUUGUGCUUAUAUUAAGCUUAGUUCCCAUCAAUGCCAUUAGGAUAUGUGCCAGUAGGAAGAAAAACUUUGAAACUCUUUCUUUGAAACAAAAUUCAACUGGUAUAUCUCAAGAUGGAUCCAAUGACCAAAAUGUAAACAAAGAUAUCAAAUUUGAAGAAUGUAAUAAUUUCUGUCAUGCUUUGUGGCAAGAGAAUAAGACUGCAAAUGGUACUAAAAUUACAAUUUUGUCUCAAGGUUGUUGGAAACAAUCUGGUGAGCAAAAAUGUGAAAACAUCGAGUGUGUUGCUCUUCAAAAAUCUACAAAAGCUUUGAAUAAUACCAAAUUUUGUUGUUGCGAUGGGGAUUAUUGUAAUCUCAAUAUUACAAGUUCAAACUUAACUUAUUCGGAUAACAAAGUGUUUAAUUCAUUUUCAGCACAAAAAAAUCAGACAACUACGGGAUGGACAAAUUUUAUUACAGUACUCACUAUAGUAUGUACAUCAUUGAUAAUGUGUUUUAUAGUGAUCUCAUAUAAAUAUUUAUCGUAUCGUAAGGAUGCGUUCAUACACAGAUUAGAAAAAGCAAUAGCUUAUAGCGAUCAGUCUACAGAGAGUACAACAUUAAGAACUGGUACUUACAUGGUUGAUCACUUGAAACUUACAACUAUUGUAGGUCAAGGACGAUAUGGAUCAGUUUGGCAGGGCAGUAUGGGGGAUCAAGAUGUUGCAGUCAAAAUAUAUCCUUCGCAUUAUCGCAAUUAUUUUCAGAACGAAAGAGAUACUUAUUGUUUGCCUUUUAUGGAGCAUCCUUCAUUAUUAAGCUAUUACGGUGUGGAUGAAAGAACAAGCAUGGAAGGCAGUGUUGAAUAUCUUCUGGUGCUGAGUUUUGCUCCAGGUGGUAGUUUAACAGACUUCUUACGAACACACACUAUAGAUUGGACUACAUUCUGCAAAAUGAGUCUUACGAUAGUAAAAGGACUUGCUUACUUGCAUACAGACAUACGUAAAGGAGACAAAUUCAAACCAUGCAUUGCACAUAGAGAUAUAAAUUCAAGAAAUAUACUAAUCAAAGCUGACGGUACUUGCUGCAUAUGUGAUUUGGGUUUAGCAGUUCAAAUCUCAGGGUCGAAGUAUUACUCUAAUGGAGAAGAACAGCAUGUUGAACUAAAAUCAAUCAAUGAUGUCGGCACUCUAAGAUACAUGGCACCAGAAAUACUAGAAGGUGCUGUCAAUUUACGAGACUGCGAAAGUUCUUUAAAACAAAUAGACGUCUAUGCAAUGGGAUUAGUUCUUUGGGAAUUAGUGACGAGAUGUUCCGAUAUUUAUGUUCCUGGAUCUGAAGUGCCGCAGUAUAAACAGCCAUAUGAAAGUGAAAUAGGUCUUCAUCCGACAUUUGAACAGAUGCAAGUGUUAGUGUCGCGUAACAAAGCUAGACCACUUCUAGAAGGUAACUUAAUAGAUAGACCAGGAGUGCGUUUGAUUAAGGAAACUAUGGAAGAUUGUUGGGAUGCUGAUGCUGAAGCUCGUUUGACUGCUUUGUGUAUAGAAGAACGACUUUCAGAAUUGCAGUCUUAUCGUGUUACAAUGCAUUUUACUGACGGAAGUCCAAUGGUAAAUUCUCAUUGCACCUUAGUGCCUUCAACGACGAACAGUCUUUAUAGCGAGUCUUCGCAUCACGAUAAUGUACAUGUUCAACUUGCACUGAACAUAGGGCAAGAUGGUAACGUUAAUGAUAGUGCAAUAACAGAAAACUUGGUUACAUUAUCACCAUCUGACAGUACUGCUCACGAACAUAAUUUUAAAAAUUCGAAUGAAGUAGCCACAUAUAAUCAUACUCAAAUGCUUCAACCAUACCAAGGCAGGAAUCCGUGUAUGGAAAGAAAUUUAAUGUUACAAUCAGAUUCCUUAGAAGACUUAAGCUGCAAUGGCAACAUUCUUGUCGAUAAGUCUUUGAAACAUACAUGCAACGAUCAAUAUAAGAUUGCCACGGAAGCACAAGGACUGGUUUCGCAUGAUUACUUAAGCCAACACACUACCCAAUUAACACAGCUUAGGCCAGCGACGCCUAUACCGUAUGUUCAAAAUGUCAUUUCCGACGAAGGAUCGUCUUCAUACAGCAAACGAAAACAGACGAAUGUAUAUGAUUCGUCUUUUCAAGAAAGUCCACGAAAAAAAUUGUUUGCGUGGCCAAAUUUUAAAAAAUUACUCAUUAACAAAAAGAUGUAUCAUUACAGCAGAUACCAAAUAGAUAGGGAAGAUUCUAAGUCAAAUUUAUUAGCCAAGCAAAAUGUUCAGAUUAAAACUGUCGAGACAAACGUAACAAUCUCGCCUGGAGGAAAAUAUGUAAAUGGCAUUAUUAGUAAAACGUCUACUUCAACAGUACCUAUAGAAAAAAAUGACAAAAAUAUCGCACAAACAGAAAAGCAAAAACAAUAUGAAAACGAUAGCGCGUCUUCCAAUGGGCGUCCUUCCACUUUACCGCUUGUAAACUUACAGAACAAAAAGAGAGAAAAUAAUCUUAGUAGGCAACAAAGCAUCGAUAAAUUUAACGAAGUUUUUAAUGUGGGUUCAAACGUAAAUAAUGUAUUGAAGGAUCCUCAUAUGAGAAUAAAAACACCAGGUGAUUUACCGCCGUCUGUUAGAAAAAUUCGUGGUCGUGCACAAUCAACUGCGAGAUUUUCGCUUUACGACGAUCGUAUGAUGUGCAAUAUUCUCAAUGAAGAAGAUGAUCGAAAUGACAAAGCUAUUUGGAAUUCUGUGCCAUUUGGUAUGGAUCUCGGUAAUAACGAUGGAAAAUAUUCACCAACGAAACUCAGUACCAAAAAUGUUACGUGCUUUUAAUCAGAUACGAUGUAUUACUGUAUUUAUAUCAUUUUCUUGUUUUAUAUAUAUAUGUAUAACAAAAUGUAUACACACGUACAUAAUUUAUAGUUUACAAACAACAAGAAUGCUGCAGGACACCUUCAGCUUCAAUUUGUGUAUAGAACCUGUCUAUAUCGAUAAGUAAGAUUUUAUACUCGAUAUAAAUUACUAAAAUAUAUGAACACACAAAAACGAUAAUGAAAUUAAAAAUAAAUUAGAAGAAUAUUAUAUACAUAUAUAUUCUUCAAAGAUUCAUGCUAUUCGAUUAAUUUAUCAUGUUAUAAUUACAGUAAUGCUUUGUAUUAUAAAUAAUUUUUACUGAAGAGUAGAUGAUAAUAGAUGGCAAGUGCAACAUUUAUGGAUAGAAAAUAGAAAAUCAAAUUGAUCUGCAAUCGAUAUUUGCUGAACAAGAAAUUAGUUUAUUCAUAACUGUUCUACAUAAUACUUGUGAGUCACAUCUCUUCUUCGUAUUCUAGUUCGUGUUCUUUUCUCUCAAUUUAAUAUUUGUAGAAUUAACGAAUUCAGUGUAAUUAUAUAAACAUAGACAAUCAAUGUCAACAUUUACAUCACGCCAAAAGAUAUUAGCAUCUUGAUGAUAUAACCAUAUUUUAUUCCUUUUUUGCAGCAUUUAAAGGUAUAAUAUCUCUAUGUAAUGUAAAUCAACAAUCUCUCUUAAUGUUAAUAUUUAUAAAAUAUUCUGCAUUUGUAUGUGUGGAUAUAUAUUAUAAUAGCUCUCAAUGACUUAUGGAGAUUAUAGAUGAAAGUAACAUGCGCAAAAAGAAUUUAAUUUUUUAUUAUUUUAGAUAUUUUAUAUCUGAGAAGAAAUACUUUGUAUUUUUUUCAUAUAUGUUUUGAACAAAUCUGUGUCUAAAAACGUGUUAUUUAUUAAUAUGCAACAAUUAUAUACAUAUAAUUUAUCAAAUACUUAUUUGGAAAUCUUACAAUUACUGCAGAAGUUAUAAAUAUAUACAAGAUGACUGUAAUUAUUAAAAUAGAUAUAGCAAAAAGAUAUAUAU